CGUAGUAUGUAUCUAAUUUUGUAAAAGAAAUGUGGAAAUUAGGAAUGUCUCGCGUUUCAAUAUACCUAACUCGUUUCAAAGUGAUAUAACACGGUGAACGUAAAUUGAUCAUGCACAAGGAGCGAGUGUUCGAUAAAAAUCAUGUAAAAGAUCGCGCACGAGUAUUUCUUGUCUAACGCGUAAUAUCGUUCCAUCGUUGCGAUCGUCGAUUAAAUCGGCACGUUAUGUUUGCGACAUAGCACGAGCGAAUUAAUCCGUAGAACUAAGGAUUUAGUAGUCCUCUGGCAAGGCGACGGUGUACACCUAUCGAACCGGUCUUCCACAGACUGGAAGAUACGACUUCUAAUUAGUCGUUAGUUAAACGCGCGUCGAUGUUAAUCGUCGCGUUUGCGAUCUUCGAAAAUUUCGAAAUCAAUGCAAAUUCUUCUCCACGUCUUCUUUUACCUUUCUUUUUUUUGUAUUUUUUUCUUUUUCUUUUUUCUUUGAUGGGAAUCGAAUUUCGAUCAUCGCACAAUCAAAAGAUAAAAUUGGAAGGACGAGAAACAUUCGAGAGGAAUUCGUGUAAUCACGAAUUAACGUUUCGGUCCACUUGCCAAGCGAGAGGUAAAAGGAUAAUCCACGGGGGGAGAUACUAACAAGUUCAGAUAAUUGUUGUGGAAAAAAAAUAGCGUCGUAAGGAAAGAAGAAUAAAAGGAAUAAUAAUAAGAAGAAGAAGAAGAAGAACAAGAAGAAGAAGAAGAAGAAGAAGGAGAAGAAGAAGAAAAGGAAGAAGAGAGAAAAAAUGUUGAGACAAAAUUUCGAAGGAAGAACGGAGGACGAAUCUUGCGAUCGGCAAACGAGAGGAUUUGCAUCGAAGGAUUAAAGGACAUCGAAUGGACGUGGGUGAUAUAUCGAGCGCGAUAGGAUUAUCUGGGAGUGGAUCCAAUCCCGGAAAUACGAGUGUUGGUGUUAUCGCGAAUACGACAUCCAGUAGCAAUACCGUGGGGUGGUGGACGCCUACGUCGAGCAUCGCUUCGGCACCGGCCACCACCGACGUGAUGAAUCAACUUUGUAGAGUUUGCGGAGAGCCGGCCGCGGGUUUUCAUUUUGGAGCCUUCACUUGCGAAGGUUGUAAGUCGUUCUUCGGGCGUACCUACAAUAAUCUGGGCAGUAUAUCCGAAUGCAAGAACGGUGGUGUCUGUGUGAUCAACAAGAAAAAUCGGACAGCUUGCAAGGCUUGCCGACUACGGAAGUGCCUGAUGGUCGGUAUGUCCAAGUCCGGUUCGAGAUACGGUCGCCGUUCGAAUUGGUUCAAGAUUCACUGUCUGCUCCAAGAACAAACGCAUCAGGCGCACACGCGUCUUAUCAAGGACCCAAAGUUGGCAUACGAGAAAGCAUUCGGCUCGUUGGACGCGGCAAACAAUAACAAUAAUAACAAUAACGAAAACGCUAGUACGACUAGUGCAAGUGGUAUCAUCGGAAUGAUCACGACUGCAACAACGACGGCGAAUAGUUACCAUCAUCAUCAUCAUCACCAUCAUCAUCAACAACAACAGCAACAACCGCAACAACAGCCACAGCAACAGCAGCAACAACAGCAGCAGCAGCAACAGCAACAUCAGCAGCAACAUCAUCAAGAUAGGAUAGGCAAACGCGAAGAGGGGUCGUUGAGGCCGCAGGAUAUCUCGAGCCAAUUGAGAUCGCAGGAGUUAUCUCCAAGAUCGAGUCAAGAUCAGAUUGCUAUGAGGACAGCGGAAUUAGCGAGAGCCCCUCAGGAACUUCUCAGGCCAGAAAUCUCGAGGAGUAGCUUUCCAAUGUGGAGAGGACCAGCGUUCUUUCAUCCAGCAUUGACGCACAUGCAACUUUUAAACGCGCCAUUCUUUCCCUUUCAACAACGCUUCAUCGUUCCGUACGUUAACCAAAUCGGAGCACCACCCAUGUUAGCGAGUCUUUCGAGUUCUUCGAGCGAGAGCGUCAGUCCUCGAUCGACACCCUCACCAACGAGAACGAGAGACGAGGAAAAUCGAGUUUUAAGAGUUCGAUCGAGCCUUUGCGAGGAAGCGGACCGGUCAAGGCCAAGAUCGGCAGACGAAUCGCGAAUUUAUGACAAGAGUCUCGCAUUUCUAAGAUCUCUCGGUCCUGAGCAAGACGAGCCUAUCGAUCUCAGUGUCAAAGCUGCCGUAGCUGCUGCGGAAGCGGCUGCUGCUGCCGCCGCCGCAGCCGCAGCCGCCGCUGCUGCUGUAGCUGCUGCAACGGCAACUGGAGUCGCCACUAAGCUAGAAACGAGAGAAGCGGAUAUAGCUAGCACGGAAGAAGAGAGAUCGACGGAUAGCGAGGACAACGAACUCCUUCGUGACACGGGACCACCGUUGGAUCUCACUAGGAAAACAUGACCUUGGGGCAGAUCCGAAGAUUCUUGAUAGGAACUUCGAGGCGACCUCCCCAAAUGCUUUUUCUUCAAAAUUCACGUGGAAGAAAUCGUGUUUCUUUUGAUUCUAACGUGAUUCGGUAUUUAGGAAUACGUGAACUUCACUUAUUUCAAAAGGAAAGAGGCUAUGUAUUUCCUUUUGAUUUCUCUAUUGGUGGAUUUUUACCCAAAGUGUGUUAUUUACAAGGAACGAUCAUGUGCCUUCGAUAGUGCCUUUAAGCUCUCUCUUUCUUGGCGAAGAGAGUCCAAAUGUGCCUGAUAGUUUAACAUUCAUUAUAUAAUUCAUAUAAUUAUGCACGGCUCGUUGCCUUAUAACGCGUGUUACGUUUAUGUGACGACGGAAUCCAGGAACGAAGAACUUUUUUAUCAUACUUAUUUAUCAUUACCGAAGGAAUUUUCUUAAUUUUAUUGUGACGCGUGUUUUAUUUAAUAUCCGGAGUCUUUCCUUUAGCCUUUCAUUCCGGUCGGUUUUCUAAAUAAAAUGUAACAAAAUGCGGAGAGACUUUUUCUUAAGAUACGUAAGUAACUAUAUCGAUGAACGACGUAGUUAGCUACGUUUUUUGUGCCUUAAAAAAUAUGAAUAGUAUGAAAUCGUGCGUACCUACCAAUAUUUUUUUUAAACUUCUUUUGUUCCGAUCGUCGUGUUUUCGAAAGUGAUUUUAUAGCGAAUGUUACGAGAGCCACCGACGUGGUCACGAUCGAAUUUUUCAUGAUGUACGAAUUAAAAAUAAAGGAUAUUCUGUAUCUGCGUGCAAUAUAUAUUAGAACGAAAGAAUAUAUUCGGAAUACUUUGUUUUAUCUUGUCAUUUUAAUGAAA